AUGGCCGAGUCCGCGUAUAUUGCCUGCGCCGAAAACAUCUCGUUGCUGCACCUGCUACACAAAAUACCCGAGCCGCCAUCUAUCAACACUUCACCUCCGCUCUCCGGCAGUUCCGUCCCUUACACGUUGCCAUUUAUGGCGGAGCGCUCGCUGGCGAGCACUCUGGCAUUCCUCUCCAGCAUUACCGACAGCCCUAAUUGUGUCACGGCAGUAUGCGUCCAAGAGCGGACGGACGACGAGAAACUCGAAACCUACAUAGCAAUAAACAAACAGAGUCCAGAGGACAAUAAUGCGACGUUGGAGACAAUCUGUGUUGGGUUUAACCAAAUAUUUGAGCGGCUUUCUAGCCCCGGACAUGGCAACUGUGAGAAUGACGUCUUUACAGCGAUCAUAUCGCUAUGCCGGACCAGAAUUCUUUGCCGGCUAGGGUACGAGAAGAAGACCGCCUUCAAGUCUACUAGAAAUCCGCUCGACACGGUGCUAGAACGAGCCAGAGAGUCGCUGGUCCAGCUGCGAGCCGGAACAGAAGUGCCCAAGAUGGAGCAGUAUCGAAGGAAAUCUUCCUCGAUGGGCGCCCAAAUUUCACAGUUUUUGGAAAAUUCGGCCGGCUUGCUGAAGAUUAUCAGCAGCUGGGUGCAGCAUCGAACCGACGGCGAACUAAGCGCCGUCGUUGACGGCCUCUGCGGCUUUGUCGCGACGGAUCAGUGGCGGGCCGUGAUUGACUUGAUUCCGGACCGGCUAAUGAAUCCAAACCUGCGGCGGAGCUUGGUGAGUAUGCUGAAAAAGGGCGCGCGGUACAGACAUGCCGCGCAGAUCCUGUAUCGCACGGCCAAAAGGUGCCCUGGCGCCCGGCACAUGAAGGCCAUCGCCGUACACCUUCCAAAGCCUUCCUUCAAAAGACCGUCCCAAUCUAGGUCACCCGCGUCACUCCAGACCACCUUUACUCGCAUCGUACCGAACCACAAACGCGGCGCCGACCGCAUCUGCCAAGUGCUCAAAACCAGCUCCGCCACGUUUGAAGCCCAGACGCACAAGACACUCACCGAGGGCAAGUUCCACGCCGAAGUCCAGCUCCUCUGCCACAUCCUCACGCAUCCAUCUCCGAAUCCACCUCGUAUCGUGUGCGCCAGCAAAGACGCGUGUUUUUUGUGCAACUGCCUGCUCCAGGAAGCGCACGCCGCCAAGCUCUACACGCCCCGGUGCCACGGCAAACUCUAUCCGGGAUGGAGACUGCCGCCGACGGCCGAGCUUCGCCCGCUGCAGAUGUCUCUGAACCGCGUCCUGGAGCAAAAGAUACGAAACAGUGCGGCAGAGCUGUUGAAGACUAGUGGAAGGCAACGGCGGCGCGUGAUACACCCAGAUCCGUGCGAGAGCACCUGCUCGACGGCGAUGCUCUCAGCGACCACGGUUGCUGAUGCUGAUGGAGCAGCGGACGCCGCGGGUGGUGGUGACAUGCUGGUGGAGCGCGACUCGGAUACGACGGUCGUGGAGAAUCAUAUGAUUCCCUCAGACAGGUCUUCUCUGUGCGAAAACAAAGUAUCAAUGGCGCAGGACUCGAAAAGUCUCGCCGUGGGGGAAGUUUCAAUUCCUCAAGAGACGUCUUCUCAACUUAGCAACAUGGUGUCCAUGGCUCGCGAUUCGAGUGCUCCUUCAGCCGCCAAGGACAUGCCGACUCCCCCAGACACGUCGUCUUCAUCCAGCAGCAUGGCGUCGACGAGAAAAGUGGAAGAAGCGCAGCGCGCUGUUGCGAGCCAAAACCCAUCGUUGUCGCAUGGAGAUGACUGGACGCUUCGUCAGAGCUAUGCGCUCGCGCAGGGCGAGGUGGUCGCAUCCAGCCUCUCCACGGACAAGACUUCCCGAAUGUACACGACGGACGCUCUGCGUGUGCAGCUCGAAUACACAAGGACGGAGCGAGGACAAUCAACGAGCAGCGCGGAGACGCCGCAAUUAAGAUACCGAAUCCAGCAACUCACAUCGCGAGAGGCACAUACAGUCCGAGAGAGCGGCUACAUUCCCAUCGUCGACGUAUCUUCCAUAAGAGUCGCAGAAGAGCGUACUUAUAAACUCGACGAGUUGGCGGAUCUAUAUCUGAGAGCUGGCGAUUGCAUAUUCCGCCUUGUCUUACAACCCGCAAUCCAGCCUUCAUAA